AUGAAGCUCUUCGCACUGUCCCUUCUGUUUACCCUAGCCGCAUGUGUUGCGAUUCCCGUGGUCCCCGGGUCGGCAAAUUCCAGCGCUGCCGGGUCAGCUGAGCUCGACCUCGAACGACGUGCCGCUAGUCGCAACGAGGCCAUCUACCUUGUCCAUUGCAUCCAUCCCGUUAUAUACGGCGCUUCCUUUGUGGUUUGGUAUAGCGAUGGUAGACACAAGUCUCAGAACUACCAGUUCCCGAACGCCCUCAGCAAUCUGAUGCACGGGGACUCUGGAGGCUACGUGGUGUGGGAGCAAGGCCGCAGCAUUGGUGGUGCGAGGUUUGACUCGGGCGUUGCUGUCACUUGGAACAUUGAUAAGGGAGCGCAAAAACUCGCUGUGGGGGGCAAGGCUGGCACGCUCCAGCGUACCAGCCUCCCCUCCAAGGAGCCUGCCUGGACAUGUCGCAAGGACAACGGGAAGAAGUUGUUCUCGUGGUCUACCGAAACGCAAACCUGCUUCAAAAAAUACUACUGCUUCCCGCAGGAAUGA